AAGAGGCGGUCUCUCGUUUGUUGAGGCGUGUGUAUGUGUGUUUGAGGGGACUGAGGGUACGUGGGGGCGAAACAGAACCGACCAUGGCAGCCGCAGAAGAGGAGGACGGGGGCCCCGAAGGGCCAAACCGUGAGCGGGGCGGGGCGGGCGCGACCUUCGAAUGUAAUAUAUGUUUGGAGACCGCUCGGGAAGCGGUGGUCAGUGUCUGUGGCCACUUGUACUGUUGGCCCUGUCUGCAUCAGUGGCUGGAGACCCGGCCAGAUCGGCAAGAGUGCCCAGUGUGCAAAGCCGGCAUCAGCAGAGACAAGGUGGUCCCGCUGUAUGGGCGAGGGAGCCAGAAGCCCCAGGAUCCCAGGUUGAAAACUCCACCCCGACCUCAGGGCCAGCGACCAGCUCCAGAGAGCAGAGGGGGCUUCCAGCCAUUUGGGGAUACCGGGGGCUUCCACUUCUCAUUUGGUGUUGGUGCUUUCCCCUUUGGCUUUUUCACCACCGUCUUCAAUACCCAUGAGCCUUUCCGCAGGGGCCCAGGUGUGGAUCUGGGACAGGGUCACCCAGUCUCCAGCUGGCAGGAUUCCCUCUUCCUGUUUCUCGCCAUCUUCUUCUUUUUCUGGCUGCUCAGUAUUUGAGCUGUGUCUCCUUCCUGCCCACCUCCAGCCAGAGGAGAAUCAGUAUUGGGGUCUCUGCUGACCCUUCCUUACUUCUGGACCCCCAGCCCCAGCCCCUCCUUUCAUUGGCCAAGGCUUACCGUGGUCACUCCCAGGAGGGUGUGGGAGGAGGAGUGACAGCCAUGCACAGGAUGACAGAGCUCUGUGCUCUGAACUAACUGCUGGCAGAGACCUCCGGCCUGGGCGAGGAGGACAGACAGAAGUGCCUGCUUGUCCUCGCCUACCCCUUUGCUUUCCCUCAGAUUUCUUGAUGUUGAAAGGUGGGCAAGGUUCCCUCUGACUCCCUUUCUUCCUCUUCUUGUUGGCUUAAUUUAAUUUUUCUCUUCCCAGUAUCUAAUAUGGGUUGUGAUUCUAAGUGUUCACCCCUCCCACUACCUCCUUUAUUACAAAUUCAAUAAAAAAGUGAAAUGUGUUGACAAGGA